AUGGAUUCUAUCAUUGUGAUAUCGUCCGAUGACGAGGCGCCUGAUGAGGUUCCGGCGCCGACGUCCACGGUUACGCUUAACCCAACGAGGCGCGAUUCGGACGUCCGGUCUCCUUCACCGACCCCCAAGCGGCGUAAAGUUCACGACGAAUCCUUCAAUGACGAGCCCGAAGAAGAAAAGUACCCCUCAAUAAAGCGACGCAAUGCGCUGAAGCAUGAAGAUUACACCAUUGCGUGGAUAUGUGCGCUGGCCAUCGAAAUGGCAGCAGCGCGCGCCGUGCUCGACGAAAUCCACGAGACGCUUCCAAAGGACAGGAACGAUAGCAACAGCUAUGUUUUGGGCGGUAUAAGGCAACACAACGUCGUUAUCGCUUGUCUACCAAUUGGCCAGGACGGACUCGUUAAGGCAGCAGACGUCGCAGCAAAUUUACACCGAACAUUCAAGUGCAUUGACAUUGCUCUUAUGGUUGGCAUAGGUGGAGGAGCCCCAAGGAUAGCUGAUCUACGCCUGGGAGAUGUCGUCGUUGGCACGAGGAUCAUGCAGAGCGAUUUAGGAAAAUAUGUCCACGACGAAUUUCAACGAAAGGCGUAUCCCAGGCCGCCGCCGUCCAAGCUUGGUACGCUCGUAACAAGCUUGCGGUCCAAGCUUGAGCUAGAGGCUAGUCGUUUGCCGACUAUGAUGCUCGAGAAGUUUGGCAAAUACCCAGAGUUUUGUCGUCCGAAGUUGGAAGACCGUCUUUUCCGGGAGACACACCGACACAGCUCUGGCAGGUCUACUUGCGACAAGUGCGACUUCUCGCAGCAGGUCCCGCGGAGCAAGCGAAUAUCCAAGGACCCGAAGGUGCACUAUGGAGCGAUAGCAUCUGCCAGUCACUUGAUGAAGGACGCUAUCAAGCGAGACCGAAUCGCGCAGGAGUUGAAUGUCAUGUGUUUCGAAAUGGAGGCAGCAGGGAUUGUAGACACACUCCCUUGUCUCGUGAUCCGAGGCAUCUCCGAUUACGCCGACUCCCACAAGAAUGACGAUUGGCAGAGAUAUGCAGCCGCCACUGCGGCUUCCUAUGCUCGAGAGUUGCUGGAAGAGUACCGCUGCCGCGUGCCCAUGGCGAGUAGGUGUGACGUCCCCACAAGAAACACCCAAGUAUCGAUAAGGCAGCGCUUCCUCGAACAGCUGGCAUUCGAUGAUAUGAAGGUCCGUGAGAAGACGAUUGAGGAAGCACAAGCUGAUACGUGCCGGUGGAUUACGGAGCACCCCAGCUACAAAGCAUGGCUCGAUAUGAUGCAGCUUCCAGAACAUCGCGGGUUUUUGUGGAUUCGCGGCAAGCCGGGUGCUGGGAAGUCGACCAUCAUGAAGUUUGCCUUUUCGAAUUUCAAGCCUCCGGGUGGGAGACGCGGUAUCUCCCUCUCAUUCUUCUUCAAUGCGCGAGGCACAUACCUUCAAAAGUCCGUGGUGGGCAUGUACCGCUCCUUGCUUUACCGUCUUCUUCAACGGAGCAUGGAUCUGCCCAUGAAUCUGGAACAGGUGCACGACACCGGUCCCCAGCAGACAGAACGUCUCGCGCUGGUGACUCUGAAGGAUAUCUUUCGCACAGCCGUACUUUCGCUCGGCAAACGCUCGCUCACCUGCUUCAUCGAUGCCUUGGAUGAAAGCGACGAACAGCAAAUCAUCGAAAUGGUCCAGUAUUUUGAGGACCUUGCCGAUAUCAGCUUCCAACAAGGGAUCAAUUUCCGAAUCGGGACAAUCUGGAGCUCCUCCUUUGCCUGA